AUGGCAACUCUUAAGGAAAAACUGAUUGCACCAGUUGCAGAAGAAGAGGCUGUGAUCCCAAACAAUAAGAUCACUGUAGUGGGUGUUGGACAAGUUGGUAUGGCAUGUGCCAUCAGCAUUCUGGGAAAGUCUCUGGCUGAUAAACUUGCCCUUGUGGAUGUUUUAGAAGAUAAACUCAAAGGCGAAAUGAUGGAUCUACAGCAUGGGAGCUUAUUUCUACAGACACCUAAAAUUGUGGCAAAUAAAGUGGAUAUUCUUACAUAUGUUACCUGGAAACUAAGUGGACUACCCAAGCACCGUGUGAUUGGAAGUGGGUGUAAUCUGGAUUCUGCUAGAUUUCGCUAUUUUAUGGCUGAAAAAUUUGGCAUUCAUCUCAGCAGCUGCCAUGGAUGGAUUUGGGGAGAACAUGGCGACUCAAGUGUGGCUGUGUGGAGCGGAGUGAAUGUGGCAGGUGUUUCUCUUCAGGAACUGAAUCCAGAAAUGGGAACAGAUAACAACAGUGAAAAUUGGAAGGAAGUGCAUAAGAUGGUGGUUGAAAGUGCCUAUGAAGUCAUAAAGCUAAAAGGAUAUACCAACUGGGCUAUUGGAUUAAGUGUGGCUGAUCUCAUUGAAUCCAUGUUGAAAAAUCUCUCCAGGAUUCAUCCAGUAUCAACAAUUGUGAAGGGUAUGUAUGGUAUUGAGAACGAAGUCUUCCUGAGUUUUCCAUGUAUCCUGAAUGCUCGGGGCUUAAUCAGUGUGAUCAAUCAGAAGCUGAAGGAUGAUGAGGUUGCCCAGCUCAAGAAAAGUGCAGAUACCUUGUGGGAUAUCCAGAAAGGCCUAAAAGAUCUGUGACUUCUGGCUUCUAGGCU